UAAUCCAACAGCACACACACUCAAGGACUUUCCACCUGCUGUGAAACAGCAGAUUAAUGAUUUAUUAACGUUUGGAUUAUAAAGAGAUGCUUCCACACACACACCAACAUCUGGAUUUCCAUUAGUUCACUUCAGCAGAAAUCUGACAAUGAAGCUGGUAUCAGUCGUCUUCCUCCUCCUGGCUCCUCUGUUGACCAGCUGCCAGCAGCUCGUCCUCCCACUGGACUGCAGUGACAUCUAUAACCAUGAUCGCAGUCGACCCAGUGGAGUGUACACCAUCUAUCCCAUCGGAGCCACUUCUGCUGUCCAGGUGUACUGUGACAUGGACUCACUAGGAGGACGAUGGAUGGUGUUCCAGAGGAGGAUGGACGGCACCGUGAACUUCUACAGGGGCUGGGAUCAGUACAAGCUGGGCUUUGGUAUCGCUGCUGGAGAGUACUGGCUUGGUCUUGAGCCUCUCUUCCACCUGACUCUGAGGAAGAAAUACGAGCUGCUGGUCGACAUGGAGGACUUCAGUGGAAACAAAGCGUUUGCUCGUUACUCCUCGUUCUCCAUCGACUCAGAGUCUGACGGAUACAGACUGAAUGUAUCUGGAUUCACUAAUGGAGGGGCAGGAGACUCCUUUAGUCUUCACAGCGGACAGAAGUUCUCCACCUUUGACAAAGACCAGGACACCUGGCCCGGUAACUGUGCCAGAUCAUUCUUGGGGGCGUUCUGGUACAACAACUGUCACCAUACAAACCCUAACGGGGUUUAUCGCUGGGGGGAUGACAGCACUAUCUAUGCUGUUGGAGUGGCGUGGUACCAUUGGAAGGGUUAUGACUACUCCCUGAAGACCAUCAGCAUGAAGAUCCGUCCUGUGCAGUAGUUCUCCAGGACCAACGUACAGCAGAAUAUCAGCAGCUGAUCUCUCCCCUGAUUUCUUUCUCUUUCUCUCAUUAAGCAUGUAAUCUCACAACGGGCCUUAUUUUCCUGAAACUGGGCACGAGCACAAUCCACCAGCAGCAGAACACCAACUCAGAUUAGUCCUUUUUGUUACCUUCUGUGGCUCAAAGCGGUCGCAGCUCGGCGCAGCGUGGAAGAGAGGCUGAAUAAAUGAUUAGUAGGAGGAGCACAGAAUCAGCAGGUGGAGCUUCAGUAAUGACCAAUCACAUGAGCUCCUCUCAUCCUUUUUAAAAGCAGCAGACAGACCAAGUGGACCAGGACGAGUCAGGCCGAGGCGUCUAUGAGAAAUAAAGAAGGCUCCGAACACAAAUGUGGAACAUCCCAAAUAUUAAUAUACGUUAGCAACACAUCAGGAUUUCAGGCCACUCCACCUUCCACCAGUGGAAAGUCAGCUGGCUGCAGUUGGGCUGCUGCUGGAUUUGUGCCGGCAGGAAAGUAGGGCCCAGAAUCUUGAAAUGGAAACAGAUAUUUAGAGUCUGAUUGUGUGAAAAUCGCUGCAUUAACUGCCAACACAAUCUGAAAAGAGGAAAAAGGAAUGAAAAAGGAAAGUGUCAGCAAAUCUUUGCAGUUCAGUUCCAGCCAGUUGAUGAAACAGCAGUGAAGGUAAACAGGAUGUCAGUAACUGACAGAAAUGUUUCCAUCUCAAAUGAAAGAGUUUGAUUGUGUGUGAGCAGCUGCUGGCUGGAAAGUCUUCAGUCAAACAGCUGUUGGUGUAGAGAAAUGAGUCUCUGCUGGUUCAGAUGUUACCUUCAGUCUGCUGGCUGCAACUAAACACACUCAGCUUUAAAGUCAAACUCACUAGUUUCAACACAACGUUUGGUGGAGGUUUGAAACCCUAAUGUGAAUCAUUAUCUGCUGUACGCUGACAAUAAAUGAGAAGCUGAGCAUGAAGCUGA